CCCUCGUCAUCUGUAUCUCAGGCCGGUGACAUGGCGUUCCAAGCGGCGAUGGAUCUGACGAGGAGGAUGCGUCCAAGGCACGUGGAGCAGGACCUGAGCGACAUGCUCGUGCUUGUUCCUGACCUCGUCGACGACCUUCUUUCUGCUGUCGACCAGCCGCUGAAGGUCCUCAAGUGCCCAUCCUCGGGGAAAGACUUCAUCGUCUGUGACUACAACAGGGACGGAGACUCUUACCGAUCGCCAUGGUCGAACCAGUACGUCCCCCCGUUGGAGGACGGCAUCGUGCCAUCGGAGGAAAUCAGGUCACUUGAACUUUGCGCGCUGGAGGCGUUCGAUCAGUACAGAGCAUUGUACUACGACGGGGGGGUAUCCUCGACAUACUUCUGGGACAACGAAGGAGGAUUUGCAUGCUGUAUUGCGAUCCACAAAGACUGCCCGACUUCUCCAGUCCCGAUGCCGGAGAACGCGGACCCAGCGCAAGCGGCUGUCACUUCAGGUACAUGGAACUCCAUCCACGUCAUCGAAGCUAAGGUCUCCGAUGCCGAGAAGCGGGCAAAGUACAAACUGACGACCACCGUCAUGCUAUCGCUCGAUGCCAGUUACCAGGGCAAGAGCUCGGAGUUUGACCUGUCAGGCUCGCUAACACGGACGAUGGAGCGUGAGAAAUCUUUCUCAGACAAGACAAGUCACGUGGCGAACAUGGGAGAAAUGGUGGAAGAGAUGGAAGGGAGGAUGCGGGAUGCUCUUUAUGAAGUCUACUUUGGCAAGACCAAGGAAGUUGUCAGGGCGAUACGAACACCUGAGGACGAAAGGAGGUGA